CAGAAGGCGAAGGAGGAGCUGUCAAAAGUUUUAAGUCGGGAGAGGUUCCGCGAAUUGGGACAAAACUUCAACCGCACAUACAAACACACACACAAGCGCGCGCUCUCUCUCUCUCUCUUGCACACACACACACACAUCCGCCAACGGAGAAGGGUUACAGUUAUGGAGUAACACGAUUACAAAUCAAGAGAUACUUUUAAAGCGUUAAAAGAGACGAAAAUGGAGACUUUGGCCAAAACCGGAUUCCUGUUUUCUUUGCUGAUUUCCUUGGGCUCGUGCGUGACUCCGGAAAAGAAAGUGUGUCAGGGAGGAAACAACAGGCUGACUCUGCUGAGCAACGUAGACGAUCAUUACCAGAACAUGGUGAAGAUGUACAGCAACUGCACGGUCAUCCUGGAGAACCUGGAAAUCACACACACCGCGGAGAAGCACGAUCUGUCCUUCCUCAAGACCAUCGAAGAAGUCGGAGGCCACGUGCUCAUAGCCCUGAACAAAGCGCCGGUGAUCCCGCUGGACAACCUGCGCAUCAUCCGAGGCCACUCGCUCUACGAUAAUGAAUAUGCCUUGGCCAUCUUGUCGAAUUAUAACCAAACCACAGAAAAAGGAGUUAACCAGCUGUCCCUCAACAGCCUCACCGAAAUUCUCCGAGGUGGUGUGAAGUUCGCCAACAAUCUUUUCUUAUGUAACGCCGAGACCAUCCAGUGGGCCGACAUCGUGAACCUGAAGAGCAGUCCCAGCCCUAAAAUAAUCGAACAUCGGAUCCCUUCGAAAGACUUCUGUAAGAAGUGUGACCAUAGCUGUUAUAAUGGCUCGUGUUGGGCUCCUGGCCCUAAAAACUGCCAGACUUUCACAAAGCUGACGUGUGCUGAGCAAUGCUCCGGGAGAUGUAAAGGCCCCAAACCUAGCGACUGCUGCAACGAGCACUGUGCGUCCGGCUGCACCGGCCCCAGACCUACAGACUGCCUGGCCUGCAAGGACUUCCAGGAUGAAGAUACAUGCAAAGACGCAUGCCCUGCUCUCAUGCGCUACAACCCCAACACACACCAGCUGGCCCCCAACCCGGACGGGAAGUACAACUUCGGGGCCACGUGUGUGAAGAAGUGUCCACAUAACUAUGUGGUCACAGACCAUGGGGCGUGUGUGCGAGCAUGCAGUCCUGGAACUUACGAGGUGGACGAGGACGGGGUCAGGAAGUGUAAGAAGUGUGACGGUCUGUGUCCGAAAGUGUGCUCUGGACUGAGAGAGGGUCUUCUAAGUGACGUCAUGUCCGUCAACGCCAGCAACAUCGAUUCGUUCGAGAACUGCACGACUAUCAACGGAGACAUCGCCAUCCUGAAGACCACCUUCCAAGGGGAUAAAUUCACUAACACUCCUCCGCUGGAUCCUGCCAGACUCAACGUCUUCAAAACAGUCAAAGAAAUUACUGGCACUCUGCUGAUUCAGCACUGGACACAGGACAUGGCUUCUCUCAGCCCCUUUGAGAAUCUGGAGGUGAUCCGCGGAAGAAUCAAAUACCAAGGUACGGUGAGUCUGGGGGUCAGCGGGACUGAAAUAACACACCUGGGCCUGCGCGCUCUGCGGGAGAUCAGCGAUGGAGACGUGGCCAUCACACAGAACGAAAACCUGUGCUACAACAGUCCAGACCACUGGAAGCGGCUAUUUAAAUCAGAAAGGCAGCAUGUCCGACCCAUGCAGAACGCGAACGCCACCUACUGUGCGAAACAGAACCGUACCUGUGAUGAGAUGUGUACUCCUGACGGUUGCUGGGGUCCGGGACCGACCAUGUGCUUCAGCUGCAUGAGCCACAGACGCAAGACGAGCUGCGUGGCUUCCUGUAACCUCCUGGAGGGCGAGCCACGUGAGAGUGAGGUCAAUAAGACGUGUCUGGAGUGUGACCCCGAGUGCAAGCCUGUGAACGGAACGACGACCUGCAGUGGGCCUGGUCCUGACAUGUGUGUGGAGUGUGCGAACUAUAAAGACGGGCCGCACUGCGUGUCUCGCUGCCCACAGGGGGUCCCCGGGGAGAAGGACACGCUGGUGUGGAAAUAUGCAGACAGCUUGCGAGUGUGCCAGCUCUGCCACCCCAACUGCACCCAGGGAUGCACUGGACCAAAACUUCAUGACUGUAAAGGUACAAGUGACACGAGCACGUCGAUCAUCGCCGCCAGCGUGGUCGGAGGACUCCUGGGUUUCGUCAUCAUCUGCCUGACCGUCGCCGUGGCAAUCAGGAGAAGGAAGAUCAAGCGGAAGAGAACGCUGCGCAGAUUACUGCAGGAGAGAGAGUUAGUGGAGCCUCUCACUCCCAGUGGAGAAGCUCCGAACCAGGCGCUGCUGCGUGUCCUCAAAGAGACCGAGUUCAAGAAGAUCAAAGUACUCGGCUCCGGAGCUUUCGGCACCGUGUAUAAGGGUUUAUGGGUCCCCGAAGGAGAAGACGUGAAGAUUCCCGUUGCCAUUAAGGUUUUGCGAGAGGCCACGCUGCAGAAAGCUAACAAGGAGAUCCUAGAUGAGGCCUACGUGAUGGCCAGCGUGGAACACCCCCACGUAUGCCGCCUGCUGGGCAUCUGCCUGACCUCCAACGUGCAGCUGGUGACCCAGCUCAUGCCCUACGGCUGCCUGCUCGACUACGUCAGGGCGAACAAGGACAACAUCGGCUCGCAGCCCCUGCUCAACUGGUGUGUUCAGAUCGCUAAGGGGAUGAACUACUUGGAAGAGCGCCACCUGGUGCACAGGGAUUUGGCUGCACGCAAUGUGCUGGUGAAAACCCCUCAGCAUGUGAAGAUCACCGACUUCGGCUUGGCCAAACUCCUCAAUGCGGACGAGAAAGCGUACCACGCAGACGGGGGGAAGGUUCCAAUAAAAUGGAUGGCGCUUGAAUCCAUCCUUCACCGGACCUACACGCACCAGAGCGACGUAUGGAGCUAUGGUGUGACCGUCUGGGAGCUGAUGACGUUUGGGACGAAGCCUUACGAUGGAAUUCCUGCCAGCGAUAUCGCCGGGGUCUUGGAGAAAGGAGAGAGACUCCCUCAGCCUCCGAUCUGCACCAUCGACGUCUACAUGAUCAUGGUGAAAUGCUGGAUGAUUGACGCAGAAAGCAGACCAAGGUUCAGGGAGCUCAUCUCAGAGUUUUCCAAGAUGGCCAGAGAUCCAAAACGCUACCUGGUCAUUCAGGGUGAUGAGCGCAUGCACCUGCCCAGUCCCACAGACACCAAAUUCUACCGCAGUCUGAUGAGUGAGGUGGAUCUGGAUGAGGCUGUGGAUGCCGAUGAAUAUUUAUUGCCCAACCAUGCCUUCUUCAGCAGCCCCAGCACGUCUCGUACACAACUACUGCACUCUGUGAGCCUGAACAGCAGCAUCGGGUCGUGUCAGAACAGGAAUGGGGCUCUCGUCCCGGUUCGUGAGAACAGCGUCAUGCUGCGCUACAUCCCCGACCCUACCGAACGCUUCCAGGACGGAGAUUUCCAGCCUGCUCCAGAAUACAUGAACCAGAACGGCAGCGCCGUGGUCUCGGACAUGUCCAACCCCAUCUAUCAGCACCCUACACAUUCCACCCUGGACGAGACAGAGGAGGAGUACCUGAACUGCUUCAAAAACCCACCGACCGUCACUUCUCCUAACCCCGCCCCCGAGUACCUAAACACCUCCCAGACUAAGCUGUUUUCCUCCCUCACGUCCAGCCUGAAGCAGCCGAACGGGCACAUGCAUGGCUACAUCGCGCAGAACAGCAUGGACAACCCCGACUACCAGCAGGACUUCUUACCUCUGGGGAUCAACACGAACGGUCACCUCCUCCCGGCCGCCGAGAACUCGGAGUACAUGGGUGUGGAGGUGCACUAGCCUAGCGCACGCCAGAAGUGGGUGGACUCUGUAAACAAAAAAAAAAAAAAAGACGUGACUGGACUUACAGAGCCAGAAUGUAGCAAUGUCCUGCAGUGCUUUGGUGGAGGUUUUUUUUAACUGCCACGAACUUCUUGAGAGCUUUUGUGUUUCUUUAGAGAUGGACGCUGGGUGUCAGCCACAACAGACUGCAAAGAAUUUUAAUCCUAUUCAGAUGUAGUCUAACUACGUACCGGAUUCGAGAACAUCCCAUAUCAUUAGCUUGCAUAUAUAUAUAUAUAUAUAUUUUUUUUUUCUGUACACACUUUUUUGUGACUGGUUGAGGGUGAGAAUCGCUUCAGAAAUGCAGAGCAGGGAGAAGAUCUCUGGUCUGGAGGUGUGUCUCGGGACAGGUGGGUAGAAAUGAGGAUCGCAAGACUAGAAGAGCUCGUACAUAGCUGUUGUUAUUAGUACUUCAUGACCAGUUUUAGCAUUUUUCUUCUCAAGUUUGUUCACCAAUUCACACUCACUAGUGAUCAUAAGACAGCUACCAAGCAGCAAAGGAGUGAAGGCUCACACAAGCACACACACCGCCUCCCAGACAUCCACCAUCGGCUCUAGAGUCACUGUGAUUGACGGGAGUAUGCCCCUCCCACUCAGAGAACAUGGACGAUUUCACUCUCUGGUCUCAACACGACAAGGCAUCAUUUCCAUAGCCGUCAUUUUAGCUCUGUUUUCUUUCAGAAGAGACUUCAAGAAUCUCGGCACCAAACCAAAUGUACUCUGUUUCAGAUCCUUAAAGCCUUUCCUGCUUUUUUAUGACUUUGUUUUUUUUUUCAUCCAUUUCCAUUUCCUUCCUGUUUGAGGUUUUAGACUCACCAGGGAAAGACUGGACUGUUGUGGUUCUGCAGAGAAGACAGUGUAUACAUAUGGAGUUCGAAACUUAUCGAUGUAAAUAUUUUUGUAUGCAAUUGAGCAGGUUUAAAUGAAAGGAUGAAUUAAUAAUAUUUCUCAUUUGGCAAGAACAGAAUAUCAACCUGGUCAGAAAAAAAGUACGUCCGGACUCUGUCCAGUAUCACGUCCGGCUUUUCCUCUCUCGUCCUAUCAGCAUGACCCAGAAGCCGAGCCACACGUCUUACCCAGGAGUCCAAAACAAGACCUCUGGAAAAAAACUCGACCGCCGGAAGAAAACCCUCCAAAGUGAUCGGUACGCUCUCGAGCUCCUGAGAGAUAAGGCUGAGGUUUUCUCUUCUCUCUUAUUCUGUAUCUAUUACAGCACAUUAAUCGGCAUCGUACCAGCCGCGUACACUCCACUCGUCUGUCCUCCCCGUCUGGUCAGUUCUUGUGUGGUCACGUUGUUGAAAAUCUUUCUACCUAAAGACUGUCGGAAAACGUUAAAGCUUUGCGAAAAAAAAAACUUCAUCGCUCCUCGAAGUUUCCAUGUAUGCCCUCUUGACUAUAAUUAUUACUUUUAAAAAGUAAACUAAAUAAAGUGUGUGUUUUGUA